UUUUGUUCUAACCACGUAUUAUCAUUCCCAGAAGUUUCUCUCACCUAGGUUUUCAUCGUCGUCGCCCUCUCCAGCAAAAAAGGAAAUCAUGCCUCGCCGUAGCUCCGGUGGAAGGUCUUCCCGCCCAGCUCCUCGUCCUGCAGCACGCAGUCCACCUCCUCAAAAAGUGAACAAUGCUCCUCCGCCAGCUGUUCAAACUGGCUCUGGUGGAUCCAUGCUUGGAGGCAUUGGUUCAACCAUUGCCCAAGGAUUGGCAUUUGGUACUGGAAGUGCUGUUGCACACAGGGCUGUAGAUGCUGUUAUGGGCCCUCGUACAAUUCAACAUGAAACAGUUUCCUCUGAAGCUGCAGGAGCCCCAGCUCCAACCAGCAUGGGUGGUUCUGAUGCUUGCGGCAUGCACACCAAGGCAUUCCAGGACUGCCUGAAUACCUCUGGAAGUGACAUCAGCAAGUGCCAGUUCUACAUGGAUAUGUUGGCUGAUUGCAGAAGAAGCUCUGGCUCUAUGAUGAGUUAAUUGUGUUCGUCUGGUUCAUCAUUCAUUGUUAUGGAGGGACUAUGAAAGGGAUCACAUAAUUAUUAUUGGAUUUUGCUGUUACAUUUGAAUGUGGUUUUACAAGGGCCAACUGAAAAUAAAGUGUACUUUCUGUGAACACUUACGCCAGAAAUUGUGCAUUUAAAGCAUAUUUCGAUAUCUGCUUAAAUUUUUAUGUGCACCAUUGCUUACUUUUAGCUGUUGGCAGUCUAAGAACGCACUAGGCAAUGUUGAAUUUUUGAAUCUUCAAGAAAUGGGUUUUUCUGUUCGAAUU